GUUUCGGGCGGGUGGAUAAAGAUUCGAGGGAUGGAGGAGAGACCCGAGUCGACGAGGCCUUUUACUCCGAGCUUGGAGUCGUCGAAUUGCUUCAGUUCCUCAGCUCGAUCAUAACCCUGUUCGCCGAUCAAGGGGGUCUCGGCUGCGGUAUCCUUGGUAUAAGGACAUGUAUCAUACAUAUACGUACAGAAGCCCCUUUUUUUUUUUUUUUUUUCCGUUCUUGUGGAAGAAAUAAACUCAUAUAUUUUUGUGCAGUAAUUCCUGUAACUUUUUUGCCCUUCAUUUUUUAUGGAUUACUCAUUUUGUUAAUAGACCAAUAACUAUUCUAUCUGUAAUUUGUAUCUCGUCAUGUCAUAUCAGUACGUAAAUAUUAGAUAGGCAGAUGUCGCUGCACCAGUGGUUGUUAGUUGUGAUAAAUCUGAUUGUAUUGCCUGAAGGCUAGCUCUUUAGUAUCCAUACAUGAGUUUGAUGCAAUUGCAGGAAAGGUUUGAUGAUAUUGCAGGAAAGGUCUGAUGCAAUUGCAGGGAUGGUUUGAUCGAAAUGAAAGUUUGAAGGGUUGGAUAUUGGGUGGGGUGGGUGCAGAAUUUAUUACCCAACAAGAAGCAGAAAAAGCUAAAAUAUUCAGUCUGGAAAUAAAUGAAGAUUGUUAUCUGAUAUAAAUGUUUCAAGUGCUCAUUUUGGUACAAAGGAUUAACUGCAGCAGUUAUUUGUUGUAAAUGUUGCUAUGACACAGGGAGACAGAGUUGUACGGAUGAAUAAACUGGAAAAUGCCUACAGCUAGCUAGCCUUUCCCUAAGUAGUUUGUACCAAUUAAAUUCCGUCUCCUCUUCAUUUUUGGACAAUGAAGUGGCUAUAAAGUUGUGGGAGUUUAGGGAAACUUACCCCACACUGAAAUGUUGACAUAUUCGUGAACUUCAACAUGAAAGCCUCUAAUAAGAGAAACACUGAGAAUGAGAGACACCAUGGAGUCGAACGUCUUCAGGCAUCCAAAACUGAAAAGAAUGACAUGGUGGUACCACAAUGGUUGAAAAUUGUGUACAGCACAGUAUUCUUCGAGACUUGCAUUGCACACUCGGAUGCAAAAAAGAACGGUAUAGAUCAUUUCUGCAUUGAUUGUCUUCAACCGAUAUGUCUGAACUGUCUUGCCCACCAUAUGUUUCACAAGCACAUUAAGAUUCGGAGAUAUAUUUACAGUGAUGUGAUUAAUCGUCAAGACUUAUGCAAGCUCUUCAACUGUUCUGGCAUACAGACAUAUCAUACAAACAAAGCCAAAGUGGUAUUCUUGAAGCAAAGGCAUCAACCACAACAGCAAGAGCAACAGCGACAGCGACAACAUUAUAAUAAAUCGAGGGAGUAUAUGUGUACCACCUGCCACAAGAAUUUGCAAGACAAUUCCCUCUAUUGCAGUGUUGCCUGCAAGGUUUCAGCAAUACUUGGAAACGAAUGCCAGAGAAAAACUAUAUGUGGUGGUCAUAGUUUUGAAGAUCAUAAUGAGAAAAAGGGAGGGAAAAAAAAUCUAGAAGUACCAUUUUCCAAAAGGCCAAAGUUAAGGAGAAAAGGAGUCCCUCUAAGAUCCCCAAUGUUCUGAUCAGGAAAGUAACCAUUCAUUAAAACAAGGAAAGGUUAUAGACAUCGGAAUUGACCUUAAUCGAAUCCAUUAAGACAAUGUUCUUUACAUUCACAUUUCACAGUGAAUCGCCAGAUUGAAUUUUGUGUACUAUAUUGGGUAUGUCUCACAUUUUAGUCUGGGUUUUUCCUCCUCUGGUCUGAUGAUUGUGAGCGUCGACGGAAGAUGGUUUUUUUUUUCCUGAACUUUUGGGUUGUUUCAGUAUGGGUUGUGUCUAUACUCGGGGGCGGCCGUGCAGGUAGUGCCGCCACACAAGGCCUCUGAAAAUCAGUUGGUGCAGCAAACAAGUGCUUGUGGAGGAGAGUGAUACAUAUGAAGUUCGUGUAUAGGAGCUAUAGUCAUGAAUGUAUUAGGAGUUAUAGUCUCGUGUGUAUAUCAGUUGUCGUCAUGAAUGUAUUAGGAGUUGUAGUCUCGUGUGUAUAUCAGUUGUCGUCAUGAAUGUAUUAGGAGUUAUAGUCUUGUGUUUGACUUUCUUAGUUAUCUUGAUUAACUGUUUGACAAUAAUUUUUAUAUUA